AAAAGGUUGGGGCAAUUCCGGUAAGAAAAAUUCUCGAACCAAUUACAACCAUUAACGCAGAGAGCUUUCUAGUUUCUACUUUGUAGGGUUAGGGCUUUAAUUUAAUUAUUUUCUGUGCAAAAUUUGGAGAUUCUUAAGGUUACAAUAUAAAUUAAGCUGCCUGCGAUAGUUUACGAUCACAGGUUUUCUCUCACUUGGGUUGCGAGCUGGUGAAAUUUUCAGUCUGGCCUGAUCUCUUCUGGGCUUUAGCGCCCUGUGGCUACUGAUAUCGAUGAUCGUCAGCGUCCCAUGGACCACCCUCAAUCGCACAACACUCCCGCAGUCAACAAUGAAGAAGAUGAAUGGGAUACUGAUGGAUUUGUGAUUCCAAGCUUGGGAAUAGAAGGGCCAGAUCAGGCGAAGCCCGACGAUUCUGUAGUAGAACCAGCAAAGCCUCCUUCUCCAAAAGCUAAAAAAGAAGAAAACAUUUACCUAGGACCUCACGGGGCUCCACCUACACAAUCGAAGCAGCAAGAGCUGAACUCUUCCAGUCGUAAGCAGCGAUUCAAGCAGAAGCUGAAGGAAGCAGACAGGAGAAAUAGUGGAACGGGGAGGGAAAAUAAGCUAGAGAAUUUGCGGGAGCUAGUAGGUGGUGGAAAGGGAAGUAGCAAUAUCAUGGGAAAGGGUUCUCCAAGGGACUGGUUAGACCCGCAUUGCCAUGAAUCACAGUUGGAGAAGUGGUCCUCUCAUUAAUAUUUAUGUAUCCAGUUUUACCUUGACACAGCUUCGUGUAUUAAUUCAAGUCUCCAAGAUAUUUAGAGAUUUAUGUAUUAUGACAUUCACAAUAAUCCUUCAUCAUUUUGCUGCUUGUAAUACACAUUAUGUUUUGAUAAUGGACCUUUCAUGUCUUCCUGAUC